AUGACAGGAGCCAACGACACUGAUACGCCAGGCCCCUGGUUUGAUGGGGUGAAGCAUCUGUCUCAAAAAGAGCCUGAUAUUGUUAAUGUCAACGCCGCCAAGAGAAAAACGAUUGCCAUUGCUGGAACUAGCAUGUCCGGCCUGAUGAUCUACCUGGUCUUACACCAGGCAGGCUUUAUAAACAUCACCAUGUCCGAGGCGAGCAACUGUAUCGGUGCCGGCGCGGACGCUUGGAAAACCGUCGACGGCGGCCUCAGCCGACUCCCUCAGUCCUUCCAGCCGCUGGUAGGCAAGAACCUACGCUUCAACACCAAGAUCGAACUUCAAAAAGCCCAACUCCCAGUCGUCGACAUUCGACUACAUAGAGGCGGUGGGGGUUUUCGGUUUACCGUCGUCCGGCAGUGGCGCCUCCCCCUAAUCAACGUCACCAUGCUUGACGCUAUCAAGAAUCUCGUCUACGACACCAGCUGCAAGGCGGUGCUCGAGUUCCAGGAGCGCUUCUGGGAGAAGCUCGACAACCCCGUCUAG